GAAAAGUAGAUUGAAGGAUCAUCACCUCAUCUGGGAGAACAUAUUAUGGAAUUUCUGGAAGUGAUCGUAUCUGUGAAGAUUAUUGAGAGCUAACGUUAGUGACGUGCCAUCCUGCGUUUAUUUUGACAAGCUAACCCUAGGGAGGAGUCUCAAGCCCCGCCCUUACGUUGAAUGUUUCUAGCUCCUGUUUGAAAUAGGAUAAUAAUAACGUUAUAUGACGCUAUCUAGCACCUUUUUCACAUCUCAUGAAUUGUUACACAUUAAAACAAGAUAUCUUUACAUCUAAUGGUUUCACGUAGGCAUGCAAGUGUGCGUUUUGUGUUUAACUUGGCUGUGGUGUUGACAAAAAUCGAUAGGCGGCGCUCUUGACAUGUGAUGUAGUGUUUGUUGUCCCCCACAACUCCUUGCGCGGGAUUUUCAUAAUCAGUAAACCAGCCAAACUUUUGGCCGACCUUUGCUCCAAGAAAAAAGAAGAACCAUGGCGGAGGAAAAGACUCCCCUUCCAGGAUGGGUGAAGGCUUGGCUGGUCAGCACGGCGGUCAUACAGACCUGGGACGCCUCCUUCAUUUGGCUGAGGCCGCACACGUUCCCAGGAGGGGCCCUGGAACUGUACUGGAAACCUUACAGCCUGUACAUUGACAUUGACAUGCGGUACAAGGACAUGACAGACAGCUUUGUGAUGGCCGUUUCUCUGCUGAACUAUGUGGAGGUGGUGCUGUGCCUUGUACUCCUGUACAUGAAUGCCAAGUCGUCGAGCCGUACGGUCCUGGCCACGCUGGUGGUUCAGACCAUGACGUUCUGGAAGACGGUCCUGUACCUGCUCAUGUACGUCCCCCCCAUGAGCGAUGUCGCCAUGUUAGGCACCUCCAACUGGCUGGAGCUCCUCUUCCUCUUCAUCAUUCCCAAUGGCUUGUGGGUCCUCAUCCCGGGUGCUACCAUGUGGGAGAUGUGGGGGAGGGCAGCACGGCAGGGAGGAGCUCAAACCACCCGAGGAAAGAAAGGGAAAUAGACCAGUACAAAAAUCAUAUCAGCUUUUAUCGUUCACUGUGAUGAGGAAGUUUAUCAACUGAUUAAUAGUUUUAUGAACAGAUCAUUACUAAUUUUUGGAGAAAUAGGUAAACUGUAUAAAUCAGUAUAGUCCUGUAAUACAGAGUGCAUAAAACUUUGUUUUAGAUCACUAGUCUAAUUAUAGUAAUUUCCCUUGCAUGUAAUUACAAAUACUUGCCCGAUAUGUGAUAGAUUUUCAGUGUGACUUUCGGCAUACAAAAAGAAAUGAUGUUUUAAAUCUUUCAUACCUGUGAUAAACAUGAAUAAAGAAAUAUAGGAAUGCGGAUUAUCAUAAUUCUUUGAAAACAUUCCAUUGCAUAAUAGAUCAGGUCUGACUUCUAGGACAGCAGGAGACUCCAUUUUGUUAAUGAAAUAUUUUAUGAGAUUUUAUAUUACCAGUAUAUUACAGACAGUUGACAUGGUAUGAUCCUUUGGCUUUAUUACUAAUGUUUCUCAUUUCAACAGAUGGCAAGUCUUUCUAGUGCUGAUCUUGAUUUACAUCAUUCUUACAAUAGUAAUUAAACUAUGUAUGAUACACUUUAUCAAGGACUUGAAAUUUAUCCCGAACAAGUUAAUGACAGUUUUAAGAGGAAUAUGAUGAUUUGUAGAGACCCAAACCUCAGUUGUAACUCAGUUGUGUAUUAAUUAUAGACAGGUGCACUGUAGAUGUCAUUAUUAAACCCUUGUGCAAGGUGAGUAUGAAUAAUUCAAUAAAUGGCAUAUUUAUACCUCUUCGGAAUA